AAAAAUUCGACAAAAUGUUACUGGUAAUUUUCGGGUAGUAGUUAUGGUGUUGGCCAAGGAAAUUUUCAGGUAAAACCGCAAUCAGUUAAAGAAAUGAAAAAGAAAAUACCGUACUUCUUCUUGGAGAGCAAGAAAAUAAGGAGAGAGAUUUGAACAAGGCCACGAGGGCUUCAUAAAACCCUUCGACUUUGUAAAACCCCCCAAUUGAAUUCUUACUAGCAGCAGAGAAAUCCGAAAAAAAGAAAGAGAAAAGCCAACAAUAUGAAUAUGUUUAAGCUCAAUUCCCUCAACUCGUUGAGAGCUCUAAGGCAUCUCCACCAUUCCCAAUCUGCCGGUGUAAGAGCCCUCACCACCUGUUCGUCAUUAAUCCUCAAACAGUCGAACCCACUUCUUUCCCCUCCAUCUUCCUCCCCGUUUGCCUCCUCACACAAUCUGCUCGCCGUUCGGAACUACCGAAGCAGUCGCGAUCUUAGAAACUAUGAGAUUACGCCUCCGACGAAUUUUGGCAUUCGGAUUGUGCCUGAGAAGAAGGCCUUUGUGAUUGAGCGGUUUGGAAAGUACGUCAGGACUCUGGAUUCUGGUAUCCAUUUCUUGAUUCCCUUUGUGGAUAGAAUCGCUUAUGUGCAUUCCUUGAAAGAAGAGGUCAUCAAUGUUCCUGACCAGUCCGCUAUCACCAAAGACAAUGUCGCCCUUAUGAUUGAUGGUGUGCUUUACAUCAGGAUUAUGGAUCCUAUGCUGGCCUCCUAUGGCGUUGACAAUCCUAUUAAUGCAGCUAUUCAGCUUGCACAGACUACUAUGCGUAUUGCAAUUGGGAAAAUGACUCUUGACAAGACAUUUGAGGAAAGAGAAUCCCUCAAUGAUGAGAUAGUGACAGGGCUCAACAAGGCUGCUACAGCAUGGGGCUUGGAGUGCCUCCGAUAUGAAAUAAAGGACAUAACUCCUCCUCGUGCGGUGAGGGAAGCUAUGGAGAUGCAAGCAGAAGCAGAACGCAAAAAGAGAGCUCAAAUUCUCGAGUCUGAAGGAGAAAGACAGUCUAACAUAAACAUUGCAGAUGGAAAGAAGAGUGCUAUAAUAUUAGCAGCAGAAGGAGAAGCACAGUCCAUCCUUGCUAAAGCAAAUGCAACAUCUCGAGGAAUUACCCUUGUGUCAAAGACUCUCAAGGAAAGUGGCGGUGCAGAGGCAGCUGCCUUGAAAAUUGCUGAGCAGUAUGUCGAAGCCUUUGGUAAUAUUGCCAAACAGGGCACAACAGUGUUGCUUCCUAGUGCUUCAAAUAAUCCUGCUGGCAUGAUUUCUCAAGCACUAACAAUCUACAAAAGCUUGGUUAAUGAUCCUUCCACUAUUGCAACAAUUGGAGGCACGAAAGGUGAUACUUCCUCAGAAGGAUCUGAGGGUGGGAUUCGACUGAUUGAGGAAACAGUUGAUGAACAUAAUGAUGCAAAGGAACCAGGGUUUUCGCUUCAAAACCGCAAGAAAGGAGCAUAGAGUUGACUUGUUUCAGUUGUUUGCACAAUUAAACCACUUUUGGGGUUCUUAUACACCAGACCAGUCUCUUUCAUUGUAGGAUGAAUGCUUUCUUUUUGUUCUUUUAGCCUAAAGGUUGGAUGCGACCACUUAAUCUGAGCUGUGAUUAACUAAUGAGUGUCAAAUCUUUGCAAUGAGAAAGACAGAAUGACAGAUGCCAAAUCAUAUCAAGGAAUUGAAUUUUUUGGGUUGGAACGGGUUAUUUUC